GAAGUAAAACGGUGCUUCGUGAUAGCAAAAGAAUAGACAUGCUUUGAAAGAACCGCUCAGAAAUUCCCCUGCUUCCAUACGAUUAAAGAAUGGCAUCCAAUAGAAUGGAUGAGACGAAUAACACUCAUUCCGCAGGAGAAGCCUCAAAGGGCAACAGCAGGAGAGAGAGCAACACUGAGAAGAUCCAACAUAGAGGCGUUACAGAAAGAGCAGCACAACCCAGCAAUGACACGUCCACAGUUACUGAUGCCACGACUGUCGCAGACAAGAACUUGGCCCUGCUCAAAGCCCAUUCCCUGGAUGUGAAGUUUGAAGUCGGGGAUGAAUAUGACAUUAUUGAGACCAUUGGUACAGGUGCAUAUGGUGUGGUCUCAUCAGCCCGAAGACGAGAUAAUGGCCAGCAGGUGGCAAUAAAGAAGAUCCCCAAUGCCUUUGAGGUUGUGACAAAUGCCAAACGCACGCUGCGAGAGCUAAAAAUACUGAAGCACUUCAAACACGACAACAUCAUCGCCAUUAAAGAUAUCCUCCAGCCAGUGGUCCCUCAUUCUGCAUUCAAAUCAGUGUACGUGGUUCUUGACCUCAUGGAGAGCGACCUACAUCAGAUCAUUCACUCACGGCAGCCUCUGACGGCAGAACACACACGCUACUUUCUGUAUCAGCUGUUAAGAGGCUUGAAAUACAUUCAUUCGGCGAACGUCAUUCACCGUGACCUCAAGCCAUCCAACCUGCUGGUCAAUGAAAACUGUGAGCUGAAGAUUGGGGACUUCGGAAUGGCGCGGGGAUUAAGCGCGGUUCACUCUGAAGAGUCGCGGUCCUUUAUGACUGAGUACGUGGCCACCCGCUGGUAUCGUGCUCCUGAGCUCAUGCUGUCGCUCCACCACUACAGCCUGGCCAUCGACCUCUGGUCCGUAGGCUGCAUCUUCGGGGAGAUGCUCGGAAGGAGGCAGAUGUUUCCGGGGAAAAACUAUGUACAUCAGUUGCAGUUGAUUCUUUCAGUUUUAGGGACACCACCCGAGAGCAUUGUUGGCUCGAUUGGCUCAGACCGAGUGCGCUCUUAUGUGCGGAGCCUUCCUUCGAAAGCACCAGAACCAUUUGCAGCUCUGUAUCCGCAAGCUGAGCCCAGUGCCUUGAACUUGUUGGCUGCAAUGCUGCACUUUGACCCUCGUGAAAGAAUCGGUGCAUGUCAAGCACUAGAACACCCAUAUCUCUCCAAAUACCAUGACCCAGAUGAUGAACCGGUGUGCGUUCCUGCUUUCAAUUUUGAGUUCGACCAGCAGCCCAUGGGUAAAGAGCAAAUCAAAGAAGCGAUACUAACAGAGAUCCAGGACUUCCAUAAGAAGAAGCAGGGCAUCAGGAAGAAGAUCCAGUUUAAGCCGCUCCAUUCUUCUGGAUCGGCAUUGGUCGGUGUUUCUAGUAACAGCCUUUGUACAGUGCAACAGUCUCAACACCUGAAGGAGAUGGCACAAUCUCACCAGCAGCACAGUCUUAACUACAAACCAACAGACACUACGCAAAUGAAUGUAAACUCGUUUCAAACUCCACAUCUUAUUGGUCAGAUUUUGCCACAAUUGGAACAGUCGGUAAACUAUCAGGAUGUAGACAUGCCCAGUGCAAACUCCGACUGCCAGCUGGAAACCAUUGAUCUGACCACUCCCACAGACAAGGACACAUCCUUUACUGAACCUGCGAUAGACUGCACGAAAGAGAAGAAUGUGUUAUCCAAUCACACUCUUCCGUCUCGAUCCAUCUCUCAGACUCCGCCCACAAGUCUUCCACAGUCAGUCCCUUCACUCUCUCUCUCUCAGUCCCAGGUGCAGUCGCUCUCUCAAAAUCUGUCUCGUUCCCUUGGAAAAGGAGGGAAAGGGACUACUGUGGAAGGUACGAAAAAAGAGGGAGCUAUUUCUGAAGACACGAAAGCGGCUCUCAAAGCUGCCUUGCUGAAAUCUGCUCUAAGGCAGAAGGCACGAGAUGGAGGCUCUGCAGCUCUUGGUAUUGACUUAGUCAGAGGAGCUUCUGUUGGUUUAUCCUCGUCCUUGUCCUCCUCCAACUCUGGUCCAGAGCAGAGGAAGCCCAUCACGGCCCAGGAGAGACAGCGAGAGAGGGAAGAGAAGCGGAAGAAGAGGCAGGAGCGGGCCAUGGAGCGAAAGAGGAAGCUAAAAGAAAAGGAAAAAAAGGAAGGGAAACAUGGAGACUCGUUGGGUGGAGUUUUACUCAGUGAUAAUGACAAGAUGCUGCUGCAGCGUUGGGUACGAAUGAUGGACAAACCAGCAGACAAAUCACAGAGCAUAGAAACCAGUAAUGCUAAAACCAGCGACAGUAAGCUCGCCCAAAUCCAGCCAGCAUCAGGAAACAACAUUAUAAAAACAAACUCCGAUGGGGGAGAAUCAGUACUGCCAAAACAGCCCAACGAAGUACAGGUUUUCAAACCGCCACAAUUGCUGUCUCAGUUGGGACCAUGUGUCACUGCUGGACUGUUUAAUCCAACGUCAACCCAUGGUGCAACACCCAUCUCUUUGGGUCAAGCUCAGAAUGGAGACGUUGGUAUUGUUGCAGGAGUUGGAAGUGUUGGAGGCUUAGGUGUGGUAACUGCCCCAUGUGCCUUUGCCAAAAACAACAUACUAAAAUCACAGUUUGUUGGAACAGUAUUCACCGGUCUUGAAAAUUGGACAGGAAUGUCUUCACACAAAACCCACCAACCUCCCCCAGAACUGAACAAUCCUAGUUUUGCACACUUGCAAACCCAUCCAAAGCCCAUCACGCAGUCCAACACUCACAUCCAGCUGCUGCCACUGGAGCCCUUCAUGAACAAACCAUCAGCUCUAAACACCGGCAUUGGAGUUUCAGACACCAGCACCAAUGCAGAGUCCACAGGCGGCCCUCAAGCUUUGGAGAAGCUCUGUGUUUUGGGUGAGCGACAGAAUGGCUCUCAUUCACAAGGCCCUUCAAAACAGCCUCCAGGAGCUGCAGUUCAACCCUGCUUGAGCCUCACUGACACUGGACAGUCUUCAAACAGCAUCCCUGAUAUCCACACCGUCACUCAGCAGCUCUCCAAAUCACAGGUUGAAGACAUUUUGCCGCCAGUUUUCUCAGUGACUCCUAAAGGCAGUGGAGCCGGUUACGGUGUGGGCUUUGACCUCGAUGACCUCCUCACUCAGUCUCUUACUGAACUCCAACACUCUGACCUCAGGGAAAGUCACAGUGACCUAGCCCCUCUGUCUGCAUCCCUGCUCUCCGAUUGGCUGGAGGUGCAUCGCAUGACCCCUGCGGACAUGGAAUCACUUCAGCAGGAGCUUCAACUGGGAUCUCCCAUGAUCCUCUCCGAUAACUCUACGCUUCCUGAUACCUGAUCGCUCCAUGCAUUUUCAUCCUCCAUCCCCUUGUAGAACCGGUUGAGGAAUUUGAUAUCCGCAUUGUCUACCAGUGUACGAGCUAGUAAAAGAGCAUUUACCUAGAAAACAAAAACAUCUCACCCAGAAAAGUGCCUUCAUCUUUAAUGGGUUCAUAAACAUUAUUUAUUAGUGCCAAAAUUUAAAUACGAUGCUCUUCAGUUCUUAAGGGGCCUCAUUUCUCAGAAUUUCAGUGCCAUUACUAAGCAAUUCAGAAGAACCAGUAAGAAGUUCACUUCACUGUAUUAGUGCUAUUGAUUUUUAGAUUCCUUUCAAGCGGAUAGCAGCAGAAAGACUGUCUUUUAGCAGACCAGCAUUGAAAGCUAUUUUCUAGUACACUACAGUCACCAGCAGGGCGGCAGUAUUAGUGGAAGAAACACAAUAAGGGCAGCAGAGCACAAUGGCCUCAUUAUUGGAGACUGUAGAAGGUAGUGCCAAGUAGGAAACAUUUCAUUCGACGUUGCAUGAAUGCCUUGUAGAAAGUAGUGAAACCACAUGCUCAAUUUUACACCAGCAACAAAAGAAUAAGUAUUGUUGUCUUGAAUAAAGCUCUCAAAGGUA